CCCGCUUCUCAGUUCACAUCAAGGUGCGGCUGAGGAACAGGUGCGUCAGGAGUCACAGAGGGACUUUAUAAAUUGAAACUUCACUGUGAGUGAACUUACUCAAAGAAAGCUGAGGAGUAGGCUACACGGAUAGAUAUUAACAAAGGAUCAUUUCAGUCAGCAAAAGAGCAAACUUUAAGCCGUCUUUUUGAGGAGUUGGGAUUUGUACUUUCACAGCAGGUGGACGGCGACUCUUUGUUGAUUCAUCGACCAAUAUUUGAAGAAGAAGAAGGAAGGAGAAGAAGAAGAAGAAGAAGAAGAAGAAGAAAUGGCCAACGCGGGUCUGCAGAUUCUGGGGUUCGCCCUGGCCAUGCUCGGUGUAAUUGGAUUGAUAAUUGGCACAAUCUUGCCGCAGUGGAAGAUGUCUGCUUAUGUCGGGGACAACAUCAUCACAGCUAUAGCCAUGUACGAAGGACUGUGGAUGUCCUGCGCCUUCCAGAGCACAGGCCAGAUCCAGUGCAAAGUGUACGACUCCAUCCUGCAGCUCAACAGUGCCCUCCAGGCAACCCGCGCUCUCAUGAUUGUGAGUAUAAUUGUAACGAUAGCAGGCCUGGGCGUCGCCUGCAUGGGAAUGAAGUGCACCAACUGCGGAGGAGACGACAAAGCGCGCAAAACGAAGAUUGCCCUGACUGGAGGCAUCAUCAUCCUGAUUGGAUCUUUGUGUGCCAUCGUUGCCUGCUCUUGGUAUGCUCAUGACAUCAUCCAGGCCUUCUACAACCCUUUCACUCCUGUCAAUACUAAGUACGAGUUUGGAUCUGCCAUAUUCAUCGCCUGGGCCGGGUCUUUCCUGUCUGUAGUGGGAGGCGGCAUGCUCGCAGCAUCCUGCCCGAGAAGCAAAUCUACCCCCAAGUAUCCCAUCUCCAGACCACCCAGCAGCAAGGAGUACGUUUGAAAGGGACUCGUGGUAGAUGCUGAAGGAACACUUUGACAAUUCAUUACUAGGCCAACUCAGAGAUCCAAACUUUGAAUGAUGUAUCUAAAGAGGUGAUCAAUACCUGUUUCUGUUUUUACUUUGUAUUUUAGUUACUUCAAGCCAGGGGAAACCUGUGAUGUUGCUGUAAUAUUUAUAUUUUAACAAAUGCAUUCAAGUUUUUAAUAAUGGCUGUUUACCUCUUUAAAAGCCUGUUUGGAGAUAAAGUUAGUGCUUACAGAUUGGUAUAACAUGUUGUAUACGAUCCACUUAUUCGACACCUGUAAAGCACUAAGUUUGAUUAUAUAACUUGCUUUAAUGUGCAGUGCAUUAGCAGUGUAAGGUGUGUUUUGGAAAAUGGUCUGAAUGCAGUGAAUAGAAAUCAGAUAUAGCCAUGUACAACUGUUCACUAUUUGUUAACACAGGCUGAAUGCAUGCAGUUUCUCUGACACAACAGAGGCAAAUAUCUACUAUCAUUUCCAUACACUGUGCCUUUAUUUAUGACAUUUGCAAAUCAUUCAGUAACACUGUUGACUAUUGUAUUUUAAUCAAGUAAUGCAGAGAAAAUAAAACUUAAAUUACAGUGAAAUGUUUCCCUUUUUAAACUCCAGAUUGCCAACGUUUUUAAGUCUGUACAGCCUGCCAGAUGUUGGGCGCUAUCUAUGUGUUGACUUGUCCUGUAGUAGUGUGUGUGAAUGGGCUUGCCUUAUUGUUCUUUGUAAAAUCACAAUGUC